GUUGUUCGUUCGUGGUGUUACAAGUUCUUAGAUGGAUGUCGCCGAUUCACUAUAUUGUUGUGGUACUUCACGUCGUUACGCUCGUCCUAUUCUUCGUCGAAGGACGACGAGCGCGAAAUAUCGAUAUCUUGGACGGGGGAUCGAGUCAUCGCAUGCUGACGCUCGAUACCACUGCCGAAGAUUACAACAACUUUGCAGAUGACUCGAUGCCAACGUUCGCUGAACAGAUUCAGAAUGUCACUGUCAGUGUUGGACGGGAUGCCCUGCUGGCCUGCGUUGUCGAUAAUCUCAAACGGUAUCAGGUAGCGUGGGUACGAGUGGAUACACAAACGAUACUCUCCAUUCAUGACAAUGUGAUAACACAAAAUCCGAGAAUCUCGUUGUCGUACAAUGAUCACAGAUCCUGGUAUCUUCACAUAAAACGAGUUCAGGAAGUUGAUAGGGGUUGGUACAUGUGUCAGGUGAAUACUGAUCCGAUGAGGAGUAUGCAGGGCUUUCUCCAGGUUGUCGUGCCACCGAAGAUAAUAGCAAAGGAGACGAGCACAGAUAUGGUAGUUCGUGAAGGUUCAAACGUGACACUAGUGUGUAAAGCAACUGGCUACCCUGAGCCAUAUGUAAUAUGGCGUCGUGAGGACGGACUGAAUAUAAACUACAACGGUGAGAGUGUGAGUGUUGUUAAUGGAGAGGUGCUGCAUAUUGUUAAAAUAAGCCGUCUUCACAUGGGAGCUUAUCUCUGCAUUGCCAGUAAUGAGGUGCCACCGUCAGUCAGUGCUCGAGUCGAUGUUCGUGUUCAGUUCCCUCCGAUGCUGUCCAUUCCUAAUCAGCUGGAAGGUGCUUAUAUCGGUCAGGAUGUAAUUCUGGAGUGUCAUACCGAGGCUUAUCCUACAUCGAUCAAUUACUGGACAACAGAGGCCGGUGACAUGAUAGUCUCUGACUAUUACCAUUCGAUUGCAGGUGAUAAAUACGAGGCGUUGAACACCGACAACGGUUACAACAAAUACAUGGUACUAAAAAUAAGAAAUGUCAGCCCCAAGGACUUUGGCUCUUACAAAUGCGUCGCCCAAAAUUCCCUAGGUGGUACAGAUGGUGUCAUAAAAUUAGACGAAAUUCCAGCUCCAUCGACAACAACAACACAAGCAACGUACCAUGUCACGUCAUUGAUGAAGAAAAAUGGUAGGAGUAACAAAAAGCACAGACAACGGCCAAAUGAUUACGAAGUCGAGGAGUGGCGAGAUGCUGAUUACGACAGGGACUACGACUCGACGAAGAGGCCGCACAGCGAUGGGGAAUACUCAAGCCUUGGGACAAGACUCUACCCAGAACUAUUACUAGCUGUACUACUCGUACCCCUCAUCUAUCUGUCCGUAAGAAGGUGAUUCUUGGGACAUGAACGAGUCUUCCAGUUUGUAUUCAAUGAGCGUGAGAUUGAGGUACGUAAUGCGUGACCACAACCGCGUUAUAAAAAUGUGAUGCGAUUCGACCAUUUAUCCAUCAUUUAAUCUCCUAUUUUGCGUCUUGAUGGUGCGGGUACUACCCGGGCUAUUCAACCAUCAGUCAUGCUAAAAUUAUUUUCGUACAAAAUUUAAGGAGUAUGUAAACAUGAGGACAGAUGAGGAUUCAGCAUGUGACGGGUGUGAGUGAUUAUAAAUAUGAGAGGAUUUAUAUAUAUAUGAUAUUAUACAGAGAGGAUAUAUAUACAAGGGAUUAUUGAGGGAAUGGCUAGAUUUUUUGCGUAGGCUGCUAAGUGCUUAGGGGCUGCAUUUGCCCAAUGCCGUCGUCGUUGUUUAAAAUUAAUGUGGGGGGGCUUAUUGUUCGUGUGGGGGGAGGAAUAUUCACGUGAAACCAGUGAUGGACAAAUUUUAUUAUUAAAAAUAUGAAAAAACUCAUUCCAUCAGCCCUCGAAAGAUUUACAGACUCGGAUUUUUACAAGUCUCAAUUGAAACAGCACUUGGUAAAAAUAAUUGAAAAAAUUUUUCACUGAUAUUAAUGGGAAUAUUUCCCCUCCCAUGUGAUACCGCGCGCAUAAUUUUCCGUGAUAUAAGAAUGAAAACUCGAAUAGAAUUUAUUUUCUGAUAUUUUUGAAACUGUUGUUGCUUGACCUGAUAUUAUGCAUGGAUACAGAACUUGUUUGAAUCAAUAGUAGACUUUUUCGGGUUGAAAAAGAACACGACAAAUAUGACGAAAACCUAAUGUCUCUUUUUUUUUCUGUGCUCUGAUUUUAUGUUAUUCCAUCUUGUAUAAAUGCGAGGAGGGGGUAGCGCUCAUGGACUUUGUAUGAAACUGUCAAGGAUAAAUAUGCAUGAAAUGUGUAGAAAAAUCCGGUUGGGUGCGUCCCGAAGUACCGGAAGUCACGACAAGUGAUUUGGAGAAAAUCUUGUCGGUUUGCUGCUCGUUUUUUUUUUGGGGAACGGCUUACGUAACACGAAAGUCACUCUGAAGUGGCGGGCCUCGGUGUUGGGGGAAUUGCACGCUAUGAGAGAGAGAGAUUUUUCGAAAAGAUGAGAUAAAUCCGCGAGACGCAAGUCCCACGGAGAAAUCUUCUCUGAUGCUUAAUUGCUUAGUGAAUUCAUGUAAAAAAUUGAGUUAAAAAAUUAUUCGUCGUUCCAUUGUUACGCAUUUCUAGAGAUAAGUAAAUAAUUUAUGUUGGAAUGCACGAGCUAGAAGGGAUUGUUACACAGAGAGAGAAUGAAUUUCUUGUCGUUGCAACUAAAAAUUGAAAAACUGAUUAAAAUAAAAAAAUCUUCUUUGUCUGUGUAAUUAAACGAGGGAUGGAGAUGUUACUGGAGGAAAAAUUCUAAUAGAUAAAAAUUGUAGUCACGUUUCUUUCCCUGUUUAAUUGUGACUGUUGAUAGCGAACGAGUACGAAUAAUCGAGGGAAUAAUAAUUGGAUAAAUAUAUGCGGAAAAUUGUUUGGGGGAGAGAAGAAAAAAAUACGAGUCGUUUAACGAGUGAAUUAUUAUUUCGGUGAAAGUUGUAUAUACGGAGAUAUAAUUGAACCAGCCUGUGUAAAUACGCAUUUAUCCCUGCUCGUUAGCCAGAGUGUUGAAGCCCUUGUAAUUAUUGUCGGACUCGACCUUCAGCGUGAUUGGAAAUAUCGAUUAAGUAGUCAAAAUAUGGAUAUAUAUGGGUCUUGAGUGUUGUGAAUUUAUCCGAAUCGUCUGAUUCAAUGUGUAAAAUAUGUGAAGAAGAAAUAGUGAAGAACAAUAUGCGUAAGUUUUUUACAAUGAUUUUGAUUUGACAAUCAUUUUUAGAUUGACACAGAUAUUUCAUUCAUCCAAUUAUUAUUUAUUUGAGAAUACUUGUUCAUCAUCGUGAUGAAAAUUCUUCAAUUAUUCUCUCGAUUAAUAAUUAUAAUCGCGAUGAGCUAAUCACCAAAUCAGAAAUCAUGCUUUCGAAUAGAUGAUAUAUAAUAAAAUGAUAAGUUUUCUGAAAACUCUCGAAAUUACUGCCAAUCAUUUUCCGAUGAAUGAAUAAUGCGCAAGUAAUUAAGUAAUUAUCUGAUAAUGAAUUCCGAGUGCAAGCGAUAAUUUCUAUAAUUUUCGUUCGGUGACUGAUGAAUUAUUUCUUCUGUUCCCCUCCGAAAAAAAAAAUAAAAAUACAUAAAUAAAUAAAUAUCGUAAGAGUGGAAACUGAGGAGGGGCUGAUUUUGUGUGUUGACUCCUCGUUGGAAGAAGAUAAAUAAAAAUUGUAAUGGAUCUAUAAUACUUCGGCGAUUAGUGAUGAAAAAAUUAUCAUACAUAUGAAUCAUUGUACUCAUGAUGUAGAUAUAACUGAGAAUUUGUUGUAAUUAUUACAUUGCAUAAAAAAUGAACAGAUAAGUGAAAAAAGAAAAAAAUAUA